GCGUAGUAUAGCCAUUCAAUAAUCGAAUAAAACGUAAUAGAUAUUCUUAAAGUCUGUGUUAAAAGUUGUGAAAUCGUGUCGAUCAUUUAUUAGUCUAAUAAAUUAACAAGAUAGACAGUUCAUCCGCCAUGGUCAUGGAUAUAAUAAAAAUGUUUUUUUAAUAAAAAAGUAGAAUUUAAACGUCUGUGGUUUUGUUGUGGUAAAUAGAUUUUGUUUUUGUUUCACGAUAGAUAAAACGUAUUCUGGAGUAUUCUGUGUCGAUCCACAAAAGAUAACCGGUUUUCAAGUAAUACAUGUAAACGAUGGAGUGCCCAGUAGACCCAAACACAAAGAGGUCAAGGUCGGAGUGUCAGUCUGAAGGUGACCAUGAUGACGGGGCCCCUAGCCCGGCCAUGUCUACACCUCUGGUUAAAUUCAGGCAGUCCAUGGGUGCCCGCCGAGACAGCGGCUACGCCUCCUCCCCGGCACUGUCCUCCUCCUCCCGAGCGCAGUCCGCCUCCUCGCCCGGCUUUUCCGGCCUCUCCGAGAGCUACGAGGACGCAAACUUCGUGUUCGCUAACAUGUCCGACAUGGACCUUGGUGAGGACGUGUUCGAAAUGGAAACAUCUAUGGAGAUGUCUGUCAGUGGCGGACCUGAUUAUCCUAAGACAGAUUUGUUUGGCAAUGGUGAUAACAGGGAUGAAGGGGAAAGUCAUGAUGAGCAAGAUGACGACCACAUCGACAACGUUGAUGAAUGUAAUAGUGCUUUUAGUCUAAUGGUCGGAAAUGGUGAAAUUGACGCUCAACAAGCAGAUGAAAGCACUGACCAGGAAGUCGAUGCUAUCUGUAUAGAUGCUUGUGUGCAUCAUGGCGCAUGCGCAUCCCAGCCAAUCCCCAUUCCCCGUCCCACAGCCCCAACCCCAGAGUCCAGCCCCAACAGGCGUUCUUUUGUGCCACUUCCGCAGAACUGUGAGAUGCUGUCACGCUUGAGUGAGUCCGUGCAAGACGCUUCUGGAGGCCCCUCCAUCCAAUUUCCGGCUGGCAUAUCCAGGGAGCGAUCUGCGUCUCUUCCGGAAGUGACGUCACUUAUGCGACAGCGCCAACAGGAAGUGGGCCGCGAGCUCAGACGGAUCAGCGACAUCUUUUUCCGGGAGUACCGGCCUCCACGACGCGGUCGCGCGUUCUCUCUGGAAGUUCCGGCACUCCGGAUCCGCAUCGUCGCCACCUCUGAGCCACUCUUCCGGAACACGUCACACACUCAGACGGGCGAGCGGUGAUCAUUGAGCGGCGAUACAGACGGAAAACACAAGGAUCGUUUCGCGUAUCCGGUACAAAAGAAAACGUCGAUUUACGUUGAUCGCCGUCACUCAUCAGGAUUAAACACUAAUGGACGAAUGGCCGCCAUUAAACACAGACGGACGGACGUACGGCGAUCUUCCGGCAUACAGGAUACUGUGGCUUAUAACUAAAAUAAAAGUUACCAUAGAACUAUUUUUUGUAUCAAGUCUCAAAGUCGGCCGGUUGACAGAUUUGAUAUAUCUUUAAAUCCAUAUCUUCCGCAUAACAUCCAAACAUAUGUGCUAGUUGACGACUUUCCGUCGGAAACAUUUUUAAAACGGCAUUAAAAGAGAUGAGAUUGCUGUCUUUUUAUUUUGUUUUUUAACUGUUAUUUUAAUAUUGUUAUUAUAUAUGAUAUUGAUAAUAUAUAAACCUUUUUUUAUAUAUUUAAAUGACCCUGUUACAUGUGUUCGCUCCAUUUUGAGUCAAAUAGAUAGUUUACCAUUUGGAAAUACAACGAAAUGGAAUAUUAAUUCUGUAGAUUCUGUUUCCAUGACGUUCAGUGUAACUGUUACAUUUGUACAGUUUGUUUUUGUUUAUUUUUGUUUGUUUUUAUUGCUCAUUCUAAAUGUGGCAUUGUACUAUUUUAUAAAAGUAUUGUGUGAUCAGUAUUUGCUCACUUUAAGUACUUCUUAGGAAAAUAAGAAUACAUUUUACACUUAAUAUUAGAAAAAAAAUCAACAUUUCAGGCCCCAUUUUCUCAAAAAUUCUUAGCGUUACUCACUUGAAUGUCUUAUUUCAAAAUUACUUCCUUAAAUUUGAAAGUUGUUUAUCUGAUUGACCUCAAAUAUUAUUUCCUUUACAAGCCUCAAAACUCUCCAAAAAGAGAAUAUUACACAAUUAAUACCACAUCCAAAAAAGCGUGCUGAGCUUAAUCCUGUUAUAAAGGAUUUAAUUUGUUUCGAGAUAUAGGGGCCAGAUCCCAAUUUCUCGAAACUUUUCAAAUCCCUUAUAACAGGAUUGUGCUAAGCUCGCUAUUAUUGUUUUCCUUCUUUCCUUCUUUACGUAAUUUCUACUCUUUUAAAGUUGUUUAUACUUUAGAUAGGUAUUAUUUUUAUGAUUAUAACAAUAAAUCGUUUUUCAGUUAUCAAAUUCAAAUUUAGGUAUGUAAUUUGUCUAAUUGAAAUCAGUUACUUAAGCCUGUUAAAGCUAGAGAAGUUUCGAGACCAUUGCGAUCAGCUAAUCUGCUCUCCUGAUAAAGCGAAUGUUUACCUAGACGGUGUUCCCAUUAAAAACAAACAACCAAUGUCUGUGUUCUAUGUUAAAUGUGCAAAUUUAACUGAUCUCAAUAUUUUGUGUAUAUUUGUUUGUUUGUUUGUUAUACCAUGAAAUAAAUUAAGAUGACAAAAUA